AAUUAACACUCUCAUCAGCAUCAGUUUCUCCCACCUCUGUCAAGCGCGUGCCCUCUGAGACAACGCGAUUGCCGAUUCUGCCUUGGCUGCGAUGACGUCACUCUGCUAGGCAGUGUGGGCUGUGCCGAAGGUAGGGAGACUGGAGCUGACUGACUAGCAGACUUUCUGGGCCUGCGAGAAGGGAGCUAGGAGUCAAGAAAUCAAACCAAACGGAUUUUUACUCCGAAAGUUUAAAAAGCAAAUGCUGCCCAGGUUAAACCACAAGACCACCUUGUUACAUUGAAUCGCCGCUUUGCACGAGCAGUCAGGCGUAACAAGCAAGGCGCUGAGAUGUCAGUGAUGAGGCCCAGUGAAACUAGUGGGUGACCAGACCAACCUCUCAGCCUUAAGGAUUCCAGCGUCUUCUCCCGUGGGCCAGUGAAGCAGAGAGAGAGCAGAGCCGAUGAGAACGAGCUGAGCAUCCUGCUUGGGCUAGUUCAUCUCCGAUCAUCGCUCCACGAGUCAUCCUACAAGUGAAAGGGUUCAGUGUGAUCGGCAGAGUUCAGUAGAGUGACUCCAUGAAAGAUGACAGAGGAGGUGAUUGUUAUUGCCAAGUGGGACUACACUGCCCAGCAGGACCAGGAACUUGACAUCCGGAAAAAUGAGCGCCUCUGGCUUCUGGAUGACUCCAAGACGUGGUGGCGCGUGCGCAACACCUCCAGUAAGACGGGUUAUGUCCCGUCCAACUACGUGGAGCGCAAGAACAGUCUGAAGAAGGGCUCCCUGGUGAAGAACCUCAAAGACACACUUGGCCUUGGGAAGACGAAGCGAAAGACGAGUGCCCGUGACGCGUCCCCCACCCCGAGCACUGACGCCGAGUACCCGUCCAACGGCAGCGGCAGUGGCAGCGGGACCGAGCGCAUCUACGACCUCAACAUCCCGGCGCUGGUGAAGUUCGCCUACGCGGCGGAGCGUGAGGACGAGCUAGCGCUGGUCAAGGGCACGCGGGUGCUGGUCAUGGAGAAGUGCAGCGACGGCUGGUGGCGCGGCAGCUACGGCGGCCAGGUGGGCUGGUUCCCCUCCAACUACGUGCUGGAGGAAGGGGGCGAGGAGGCGGCCGGCGACCCCCCGGCGGGGGUGGGCUACCUGAGCCUGCAGCGGCAGCCGCCGAGGGCGGGGGGGCUCAGUAACGGCGAGCCGCAGCCGCAGCUGGAGGUGCUGCACACCGUCCAGACGCUGUACCCCUUCAGCUCGGUGACGGACGAGGAGCUGAACUUUGAGAAGGGCGAGAUCAUGGAGGUGGUGGAGAAGCCCGAGAACGACCCCGAGUGGUGGAAGUGCCAGAACGUCCGCGGCCAGCUGGGCCUCGUGCCAAAGAACUACGUGAUGGUCCUGAGCGACGGGCCGGCGCCGGGCGGCACCCUGCAGCGCCCAGCCGUGGGUGGAGCCGGGACACAAACGGGCCCGUCUCGCACGGGGAAGUUCGCUGGGAAGGACUGGUACUACGGCAAAGUGACGCGGCACCAAGCGGAAAGGGUGCUCAACGAGAGGGGUGUCGAGGGCGACUUCCUGGUUCGAGACAGCGAGUCAUCGCCCAGUGAUUUCUCUGUGUCCCUGAAGGCGGCGGGGAAGAACAAGCACUUUAAGGUGCAGCUGUGUGAGGGCGUGUACUGCAUCGGCCAGCGGCGCUUCAACAACAUGGACCAGCUGGUGGAGCACUACAAGAAGGCACCCAUAUUCACCAGCGAGCAAGGGGACAAGCUCUACCUGGUCAAACCUCUGCUGUGACACACACACACACACAGUAACACACACACACACUCUUACCCAUACACGCACUCACCAACCCUGCCUGAAAGCAAGCCUUAGGAUUGGACUCUCUACAGAGCAAUGUCUUGUUUUCAAGUCCUGUGCGGCUAAAAGCAACGGUUCCGAGAAAUAAAGAACUUUUACCACAUAGCAGCAAACUGAGGACAUUCAGUAAGAACCAUGAACCAUGAGUCAAGCAAGAACCAAUCUCUUGGAGCCAAAUGUGGUGAUGUCAAAGAUUAUCAUGGUACAAGCAGGACAGCUGUUUCACAUCUUUAUUUAAAGUGUCCCUCGGCCUGGUUUUCAUUGUUUUGUUUAGUUUUUUGUCUUAAAGUGUACCCUUCCCAGGGUUUGUUUGUGGAGAAGGUUUAUGAAGGAGAAACCUGCCUUCACUAAGUGACCAUAGUAAGCUCUCACUCAUUGCCUUGGCUGCUGGCGCCCCCUCUCUGUGGCUCCUCCUGCGCGCUGGAACAUUCUGAGAGGGCCCAGUCUGACAGCACUUCCAUUCUGGAAACUUCCAUGUCAAUAACUGUUGUGAGUAUAGCUGUUCAAGACCAGAGGGAGAUGUAAAG